AUGUCUGAUCCCAACGCCAUGGACGUUGAUGCGUCCACGUCGUCCAUUGUCCAGCAGGUCUCGACCUCAAUCGAAAUCUCAGAACCGUCCGGCUCUGGUCAUCCCGGCAAUGGCGAAGUGAUUCGCAUUGACAGCGUUGCCGUGACAAUGGAGGUUGACGAGCCUUCCUCCACCCCGCAGCCUGCAAAUGGUACCCCGGUUGCUCCGCUUGCUUCCAUCACAUCGUCACACGUUCCGCCCAAUGGCCAGGCAACGCCUCCUACCGACUCUUCAGCUAUUACGAAUGGAACGAAUGCGUACACCACCUAUUACACGGUCACUGGCGAGGACGGCAAAGCACCGCAGCGUAUGGUCCGCACGGGAUAUGUGUACGACCCCCUCAUGAUGCUCCACUGCCAGGACGGCUACAUGCCCACACCCGACAAUGUCGUCGACUCUGGUGAAGGUCAUCCCGAGGAGCCUAUGCGUAUCAAGCGCAUCUUCACCAACCUCAAGGACCAUGGCCUCAUUCGCCGUAUGAAGCAGAUCGAGGGCAAGGAAGUCACGGCACAGAAAGAGACAAAACAGUACUAUGAGCAGCUCUCGCUCUAUGUCUGUCGCGAGACUGCCCACUGUGCCCGUCUUUCAUGUGGCGGUGUCAUUGAGGCGUGUGCGUCGGUGUGCAAGGGCGAGGUUCGCAACGCUUUUGCCAUUGUCCGUCCUCCCGGCCACCACGCCGAGCCGGACGAGCACAUGGGUUUCUGCUUUUACAACAAUGUCGCCGUCGCUACCCGCGAGAUCCAGCGCCUUGGCUUGGCCAAAAAGGUCCUCAUUCUUGACUGGGAUGUCCACCACGGCAACGGUACCCAGCGCGCGUUCUGGAACGACCCCAAUGUGCUGUACAUGUCAAUCCACCGCCACGACGGUGGCCGCUUCUACCCCACCAGCGACUUUGGAGCCCUCGACAUGGUCGGCGAGGGCCCUGGCGAGGGCAAGUCGGUCAACAUUCCUUGGCCGUCUGGUGGCUUUGGCGAUGCCGACUACAUUUACGCUUUCCAGCGUGUCGUGAUGCCUAUCGCUUACGAGUUUGCACCCGACCUCGUCAUCAUCUCGGCCGGCUUUGACGCCGCUCAAGGUGACCAGCUCGGAGCCUGCAACGUUACCCCUGCUGGCUAUGGGCACAUGACUCACAUGCUCUGUGCCCUUGCUGGCGGCAAGGUUGUGGUUGCUCUUGAGGGCGGCUACAACUUGAAAGCCAUUUCGGAUUCGGCCCUUGCCGUUGCACAAGUCCUCCUCGGCGAGACUCCCGCCGAGAUUGGCCACCUCGAGGCUAGCGAAGCUGCCACUGAAGUCAUGUACCAGGUCGCCAAAGUGCAGUCUAAAUACUGGAAGAGCAUCGACGUCAAGGCGUGUGAACCGCCCGAGGUUGGAGCCGACGAGAACAUUUCGCCUGUCAUCCCAAUCCCCGAUAUUCUCAAGGUGUACCGCUCGCAUCACCUGUUCAACAAGUACCAGCUCUUCCAGAUCCCCCUCGCUAGCGAAGAGCUGGAGGAGUCGUACGGUGGCCAGGUUCUGUGCAACGAGAAGGUGUACGAGGCCGGCAACAGCGGCGUACUGGUCGUCUUUGUCCACGACUUUGGCAACUUGCGAGUGGAGACGGACGGCAUUGCGACCACCGACAUUCACAUGGCCAACAGCUACUUGCUGGACACGACAGACACUGUCCUCAACUGGGUUACGAAGAAUAACUGGAACGUUAUCGAUGUCAACGUCCUGCGCCAGUUACCGACUACCUUUGCAAAGGACAAGCCCAAGAUGGUUUCCAACAACGGUGACAAGCUCGAUGGCCAGCUUUUACGCUACCUCUGGGACAACUACAUUGAGCUGUCCGAGGCUGAGAAUGUCGUCUUCAUUGGCCACGGCACUGGUUGUGCAGCCGUCAUGGAGCUUAUCAAUAACCGCGACGUCGAGGACAAGGUCAAGGCCGUUGUGCAGGUCGCCGGCCUGCACUCGCUGGUGCGCGUCGACCCGCACAACGAGUCGAGGAGGAACUGGUUCCGCCAGUCGAACCGCAUCUAUGUCCCCUCUGUGCACCCCCUCCUCAGUGAGGAGAGGUUGCACCGUCGUCUUGGUGGCCAGAUCCACACCUCGGAAAAGGCAAAGGUCGUCGACCUGCUCAAUGACGUUCUGCCCCAGAUCCAAAAGUUUGUCCAGUCCAAGCUUCCGGAUGUUGCGACAGCUGCCCAAGCCAACGGCCAACUGAACGGAAGCGCAGCACCCGUUGUGGUGGAGGCGUAG